AAGUGUUCAGUAUCACAUGAUGAUAUGUCAUAUACAACAGUUAUCACGGCAAAUAUGGUUAUUUCCUGUUGUGACAUAUCAUUAAUGUGUCAGAGCGCCAUCACCUCUACCUCUGCCGUCCUGUUCUGCUGACGAUACAUAUCAGAUACAUAUAAUAGGGCAGCGAUUUUAGCAAACCAUCACAUAGGUAUAACUUUAAAUGGGAUAUAUGACAUCAACAUAUACUACAAAAUCUGUGUGAUUCACUUUACUUAAUGGCAGUGCACCAAUGUUUAUCAUUACCUUUCUCAGAAUGUCAGGGACUUUGCACGUGAGAGCUUUCCCCUGAUUUAUUCACUGCUAUGAGCCAGAACCUGACUUCCAACUUCACUGCCUGCAUAAACAAUUGUGAAAACAGGUGAAAAUAUCAGCCUAUCACAUGACCUGAAGUACUUAUGGUGUUGAAAUAUCACACCCCACAAACUCUUAUAGAAUAAUUAUGUGCUAUCAUUGUAUAUGAUCAUGUGUUUUAGAUUUAAGUGAAGAAGACAGUAUAAUUUAGACAUGAUUGUUGAUGAGAAAUGUUCAAAAUAUUUAGUAAAAUGAAUAAUGCAUUACAUGUACUGGCUUAGACCAUCCAUCCCACCCUGAUGCACACAUGAACCCAUCAGCUUAUAUAUAUAAUGAUAAGUUUUCAACCUAAUACAAUAGAAGAAACAGAAUUUCGCUCGCACCAUGCCAGACACUUGCCUAGCCGUCUUGGUAAUGAUGACUUCAGUAAGUCAUGUGUUUUUCAGAGAAAGCCCAACAUGACUGGUACUCAUGAAGACUUUUUCUCUUCAGUCCAUGUAGUAGCUACAGGUCAAGGUCAUUACACAGUGUAUCAGCCACACGUUAAGUAUGCAGAGUCACAAACCAAUAACUCUGGUCUCCCUGAUCAGAGGAGCUCAGUCUCUUCCAAUUACAUUGCUGGAGAAGGGACUUCAUCAGAAUCAAUCAGCAGUUUCAGGCAUCAUAUAAGUAAUUUGUCAGUGGGAAAGUCUUUAAACAGGCCGACAGCAAGUGAAGACAGAAGUUUUGUUACCAACUCACACAACGGGGACAAUGAGUCCAAGUCAAAGGGAUUUACAAGUCUCACUGAUGGUAAAAACAAGAAAGUAAGAGGGAGAAUAAUGAAUGGAAAAAGAGAAGAUGGAUCCAUGUGUUAUUGUAAAUCAUAUCACAUCCAUACGUUCUCAAAACCAGACUUCUGUCGAACGUUUGAUAAUAGUAAUGUUGAAUUUGAUGUGUCACUUUCUCGAACUCGAUCUGAUUUAAUUGAAGCCAAUGAAAAACAUUUGAUCAUUUGUAACACUUUCUGGAGACCUUUUCUAGCCAGAAGUGAAUUUCAAGAUGGAGAUGACCCUUUAGAUUUUACAUCACUUUGGCAUGAGGAAGGAAGUCUGAAAGAAUUGCUCCGGGAUGGAAUACAGAACACAGUUCUUAGAACAGCCAUAUCAGAUGUGACUUUGAUGGCAGUAUCAAUUGGUCCUGUGCAACUCCUCCGAUCCCUAAUAGACCUGUCUCUCGUCCGUGUGGACACUUUGUUAGAGGAUGGUGCUGGGUUACUGCACCAUGCCUGUGUGUUCAGGAGAACAGAGAUCAUCCAGUAUUUGGUCCGUGAGGGUGUAUCACCAUUACUGAAAGACAAACAGGGUAACACUGCAGACCAGUACUGUUUCUCCAAUGAAGUACGUCGGUCCUUGCCUACAAAAUACCAUACUCAGACAGGACGAGCAUUAAGUGGGGGAGUAAGUACAGGAAGAGGUACAGGAGUGUGGGGUUUAAGUCCCUAUAAUAGGGUUCAUCUGUUACAGCCAAGUAUACAAGAUAAGGAUGUUAUCUUCACAAUGGCAACGACUGUUGGAUCUCUGAUGGAGCUACAGAAGAGAUUACAGAUGUUUGAAUUCAAUGUAAAUACAGAAUGUGAUAAUCAAGGAGACUUUAUCAUCCACGUAGCUGUAAAGGGAGGCCUUUGUCAGUUACCACUUCUCAUGCUACUGGUAAGAAUACAACAGGCUGAUGUGGAACUUUGUAACUCUAAGGGAAUGACACCUCUGAUGAUAGCUGCCCAGGCUGGAGAUCCCAUCUUAUGUGAGGUUUUGAUUUGUGUGUUUGGAGCCAGCCCCAACAAGUGUAAUGUUAAUAAUGGAAAGAGUGCUCUUCACUAUGCAGCCCAGUACAACCAUGUGGACACUGUCAGCUCUUUGAUUCGCUGUGGAGCUGACUUUAAUAGGGAAGAUCACAAUGGAAUGAGACCUGACGAUAUUGGUAUGAGGGGUUAUGGGGAGGACUGUCUUAAUAUUAUAUCUGUACUCAGGACACAGAGAUGUGAAAACCUCAGUCGCCUCACGGUUGAGGGUAAACUUCGACCACAAGAUCUGAGAGAGUCUGACCUGAGUGUGGUGAAUGUUGACGGGUUCACUCUUCUAAUGAUGGCUGCUCUAUAUAACAGAGUGGACAGCAUGAAGGUCAUACUGGAUUUUGACAGCAGCAAAAUAAAGUCCUAUAUUGAUGCUCAAUAUUUCCAGAUGACAGGUGUGUGUAAGGAAGGCCUCCAAACAGGAAUGACUACCCUGGCUAUAGCUGCUCAUUGUGGACACACGGUUUGUGUGAGGAUGCUGCUCCAACGGGGAGCUACCCCUGUGAUUUGUGAUGUUGAAGGCUAUCUGCCAUUACACCAUGCUGUGUUAGAAAACAUGGAGGAAGUUGUGGAUGCAAUGUUGGUUCCUGAAUAUUUUCCUUCUACAUACAGUGGUUUACACCAAGCCUGCCUAAUGAGUAAGACUGCAUCUUUAGACAGAAAACUACGAGAUGCUUGGAAAUUACGACAAAAGAAAAUCGUGAUGACUGAGUUGAUGUCAUGUGCAAUGAAUGGGAAAGCAGAGGAACUUUAUUGCCUCCUCGAAGAUGGCGACAACAUUAAUUCACAGACUGGUGUUGGCAGUUAUCCCUUAUACCUUGCUGCAGAAAAUGGCCAUUUGGAAGUUGUCAGACUUUUGUGUGAGAGAGGAGCAGAUGUGAGACAGCGCCAUGUUUCUGCUGGGUCCACAGCCCUACAUAUAGCAGCUAGGAUGGGCAAACUGGACGUUGUCCAAUAUCUCCUCAAGUUCACUUCCACAUAUAGUGAUUUGGAAAAUCGAAGUCAGUGUGGUGGACACAAAAUUGAUGUUAAUGCUGUGAAUUCUGAUGGAAAGACACCUCUACAGUUAGCUGCUGAGAAUGGCUACAUACGAAUCGUGAAACUGCUGUUGUCACAGGGAGCAACAACAGCACUUCUCAAUACGAACGGUGUCCUGUUCUCUCUACCGGAGUACGCUUAUGGUGGAGUGUUUAAUGAAAUAGAGUACCAUCGACACAAACACACAAAUGAGGUGAUGAAACUCAUACGGGACAAAUCCAAAAAGAGGCUGCAGGAGCUUCGAAAGAUAUGGAUGCCUCGAUUUGAUCACAACCUGCGGGACAGAAAUGGUGACACACCAUUGAUGGUUGCGUGUAAACUGGGUCGUACUGAGGUGGUAAACUUCCUGUUAACAUCAGCUGUCUACAAGCAAGUCAACACAGAUUCUGACCCUGGGUCCGACUCAGACACGGACUCGGGAGUGCUUGACACUGCGACAGUUACCAGUGAUAACACAAGGCUAGAAGGUUAUGAAGACUCAUUUGAAAACAAAAGCUCAACAUUGCAGAGGAAGAAUUCUGAGUCUGACAGUGGUGAAACAGGAAAAGGACAUUGGGGUCAGAGGAGCGGAGAAAGCUCUCGACCUCCAAGCCGAGUGGAGAGCCUUCUUAGUGAUGUAGAUAAGCCAAAAGGACUGUCCAUCUAUCAUGAUGGAUUUGUCAGCCAUGUGUGUGCUGUCAGCUUGCGUGAUGGUUCAUUGCCCAUUCACCGCUGCCUAGAGGGAGGUGAUCACCAUACAAUAGUUGAGAGCUUGCUACAGGCUGACACUACCUGCAUCAAUACCCAGAAUUCUGCUGGUCUGACACCACUACAUCUCGCUUGUAAAUUGAUCAGAAAGAAAUCUCUCGACAAGCUCCUGGCCACAGAUGGUAUUGACAUCAACCUGUUGACCUUGACUGGUCAGCUAGCCGAGGAAAUCACCAAUAACAAGACAGUCAUAAAACUCGUUCAAAAGGCCCGUAAAGGUCAUCCAGUCAGGAAGAGGAUGUCAAGUUCUGCAUCUCUGAUGUCACCUGCCUCAUCAGUGACUGAUGCUGCACCUUAUCACAAACCUCCUAGUACUACAGGCUCAACCAUCAGUCUGGAGAAGGUCCAUGUACGAUUUGAGCAACUCAAACAUUCCCACCAACUCAAACAGAGUAGAGAGGCUUGUAAAAAUUAGCCCCAGUUUACCAAUCAAACAAUAUACUAGAAAUUCCAUGAUUUGAACAACUCAAAAAUUCCCACCAACUCAAACAGGGUAGAGAGGCUAGUAUAAACUAGCCCCAGUUUACCAAUCAAACAUUAUACUGGAAAUUCCAUGAUUGUUGCAUUUUUAUAUUUUUCUACAUAUCACAUGUUUAAAAAAAAAUGUCUCAUUCAUAUGUGUGUUUGAAGUUUACAGGAGAAGGGCAGGGAAUAUUGGAAUAAAAACUCUAUACAAGGAUUAGGAACCAACCACCAGUUCUGGAAUAAAAGUUGUAUCCAGGCUUAGUACUUAAUUUGUCAUAUCAUUAUAUUAUUACAUGUAGUUGUCUUUCUUCAGUACUCAGGAAUAACCAGCUUUACAGGGGUCAUAAGAGAAACAGUGACAGGAGAGAGAAAGGGUGAUACAAUUUGUGGUAUGAGAGUGUUAAUUAUUCAGUAUUAGAGGUCAUGAGAGGCAAGAUGAUAGGGAAGUGAUAUAAGAGUGAAAGUUAUUGAUACAAUGAUGUCGUUAUAUACUCAGAUUUACUAUUAUAAUUACCAGAGCAUAAUAUUUCAGUCAUAAAUAUGUUUA